CGGAUCACCGAUCCACGGAAAGAGCCAAAGAUGUCGGCUUGGUCAUGUGAUCAGCUGUGUCCAAUCACAGCUGAUCACAUCGCCACCUGUCAGUGUCCAUCAGUGCCAGCUGUCAGUGCUCAUCCAUGCCACCUGCCAGUGCCCAUCAGUGUCACAUCAGUGCCAUAUUUCAGUGCCCAUCAGUGCCACAUCAAUGCCACAUAUCAGUGCCCAUCUGAGCUGCCUUUCAGUGUCACCCAUCAGUGCCAGUCAGUGCCACCUAUCAAUGCCAGUCAGUGCCACCUAUCAGUGCUGGCAAUAAGUGCCACCUAUCAGUGCCAGUCAGUGCUGCCUAUCAGUGCCGCCUAACAGUGCCAGUCAGUGCUGCCUAUCAGUGCCAGUCACUCCCGCCUAUCAGUGCCACCUGUCAGUGCCAUAUAUGAGUGCUGCCUUUCAGUGCCCAUCAGUGAUGCCUGUCAAUGCCCAUCAGUGCCACCUACCAGUGCCUCCUCAUCAGUGGCCAUCAGUGCCACCUAUCAGUGGCCAUCAGUGCAGCCUAUCAGUGCAGCCUAGUAUUAAUGCAAAAACUCACAAUAUGUUAAAUACUUUGUUUUUGAAAUAACAAAAAAAGUACUUUGAAGCACGCCAAUUUUCAAGAAAAUCUAUGAAUAUGUUCUUCAGGGCUGUACUGCAGACAGAAA